AUGAUUUCAAAAAAUAUAUUCGAGCAAUUAUUUAAGUCUUCAAGCCCUCCUGUUGACGCAAAACUCAUAAAAAGGUGCCAAGAUAAUCUCUUAAAACAUGGUAUAGAUUUUAAAUCAUUCAGCCUAUUACCAGAUGUCGAACUGAAACUGCCAAAGUUGGAAGGGAAAGAUAUAGAGGAACAUUUCUAUAAUAUAGGAGAGUUACAAAGUGCACCAUAUAGAAAAUUAUUGAAAAAACUGGCUGAAUGUUCACUACCUCCUUUGCCAAAGAAAUGGUCUAAAGCAGCCGGUUGGAGGAAGUACACUGGCAAUAAAUCGCAGUCCGUUGCAUGUCCUCCAGAUGAUGCGGUUAUCUUCGAUGUGGAGGUGCUUAUGUCUGCUGGCAAGCGGCCCACAUUGGCCUGUGCUGCUUCAAAUGACGCUUGGUACGGUUGGGUCAGCGAGCCCCUGUCAAAAGGCGAGGGCCAUAAACAAUAUGAUCAUGUGAACUACGAAAACUUAAUACCAUUAGAGACAGAUGGCAUGGAACCGUGUGGUGAUCUCGAUAGACCGCGAGUUGUGGUGGGCCACAAUGUUUCAUAUGAUAGAGCUAAAAUCAAAGAACAGUAUUGGCUGAAUAAAACUGGAGUCCGCUUCAUGGACACCAUGUCGAUGCACACGUGCGUGAGUGGUGUAACCAGCUACCAGCGCACUGUCCUCAAGGCGAAGGAGAAAGAGCCGCACCCUACUGAUGACGAAUGGAUGGAAAUUAGCUCACUGAACAGCCUUUCUGAGGUCCCAUGA